AUGAAGACGACAAACCCUCAAUUUAAGGCGCAUCGGAGGUUGAUCCAAGAUUUGAUGACCCCGGCCUUCUUGGACGAAGUUUCGGCGCCCCGUAUCUAUGAGGCUUUUACCUCGCUCGUCAAUCUUUGGGCAAAAAAAGCUCGCUUGGCAAAUGGCCAUCCCUUUUCCGCCUCGGGUGAUAUAAACAAAGCGGCGUUAGAUGUCAUUUUUGCUGUUAUAUUUUCUCUCGACCCCAAGGACAGCGUCAUUAAUGCUCAACGACAGCUCAUUGCUAGCACAGCAAGCAUCAACAUCACAUCACCUAGUAGCAUAGAUGAGCCCGCUGUUUUUCCUGAUGCCCCUAUAUCAGGCGCCCCCAAAGCUAUUCUCACACUCACAGAGAGCUUAAAAUUUCUUGCUAUAUCACCAAUACCAAAACUGACAUUUUGGCUCGUGAGUUUGCUGCCCAACAUGCGUAGGGCAAGAGCAGCCAAGGAGACGAUGAUUACCACUGAGCUUGAGAAGGCUAAGACCAGAUUGUCUAUAGGAGCAAAAGAGGAGCAGUUUGCGAGAUGUGCCAUAGAUGAUAUCCUGCGUCGUGAGCUUGCUACUGCAGAGAAAGAGAAUCGAGAACCCGCCUACAAUACGAGAACAAUCUUCGACGAGCUUUUUGGCCUGCUGAUUGCCGGCUACGAUACGACCUCCACGGCCAUAACAUGGGGUCUCAAGUUUCUCUCGGAUCACCAAAAGAUACAGAAGAAGCUUCGUGAAGCACUUCGUAGCGGUUUCCCCGCAGCGAUUGCAGAAUGCCGAAAACCAACGGCAGAGGAGAUCUCCAAGGCUCAUAUUCCAUAUCUUGACGCUACGCAACAGGAGAUUAUCAGGAAAUCCAUAACAGUACCGCUGGUAACUCGCACGGCCAUGGUUGAUACUGUUAUUCUCGGACAUCACAUCCCUAAAGGCACGAAUGUGUUCCUCUUGGGAAACGGUCCUGACUUCAUUGAGCCUCCAAUAAGCGAAAUUCCCGAAGAGCGUCGCAGCAAGACCUGCCAGGAGGCGAAGGGAUCCAUUGGUUCGUGGGAUCCAGCGGAUUCAAACCUGUUCAUACCUGAACGGUGGAUUACCAACGAAAAUGGUAAGGAGUCUUUUGACUCUACAUCGGGACCACUUCUUACCUUUGGUCUUGGGCCAAGAGGGUGCUUUGGAAGGCGAAUGGCGUACCUCGAGCUGAAGAUCGUUCUGGUGCUUCUUUUGUGGAACUUUGAGUUGAAAAUUGCACCAGAGAAUCUCAGCUCAUACCAAGCGGAGGACAACUUAACCCACCAACCUAAACAGUGUUAUUUGCGUCUUUUGAGCUCACCGUUAGAAGGCCCUGGAUUGUGA